AUGUCGGCUAGUGGUAAACAGUGGCUUUCAGAAUAUGGCUCGGAGUAUUCUACAGGUGGCCAAAUUGAUGAAAUGGUAUUGGCUCUCAUUGAGAGCUGUGCGGAUAAAUCUGAAUCUGUCCGUGCAACGGUUGCUGAUUCACUGACUUCUAUCGGAAAGAAAAAGCCUGCCUUAGUUUUAAAUUUCUGCAAGGUCUUCCUAGAGAAAAGGACCAAGUUAGAUAAAGGUCAUCGAGUUUUACUCUUGGGAGUUAUUAAAAGAAUUGUUACCGAAACUAUCGAUACUUUACCAUCCCAAGUAGGAUGUGACCUAGUUCGGUUGGCCUCGUCUGAAAUGACUGCAUCAAAGGAAGUCAUUGUUGAUUGGCAAACUGCAGCUUCCGAGGUUCUCGUUGCUUUAGGUAGUAGAUUUGCUAAGGAAGUUAUUACAAGUUUAUUAGAUAAGUUUGGAGCUGGAGCUAUUCCACAUUAUUUUGUUGUUCAAACCCUGGCUAAUCUAGCAUCAAAGAAUGCUUAUUGCGUCGUUCCUCACUUGAAAGAUACUUUUGGAAGAUUGUUGCCUAUGCUGGGGAUGGCAAAAUCAGAUAAUAUGAAGUAUAUAUUCUCUUAUGCUCUCAAUCGAUUUUGUGAGAGCAUUUCAGAAUACGUAGCCAAUAUUGAUAAAGCUCCCGAUAAAAAGAUAUCUUCCGGUAUGUACUUUGGUGAGGUUUCGGCGGGUUACGAUGUUCUAUUUGGCGUAUGGUUACAGUCCAAAGAUUCGCGGCUUCGUUCGGUCGUUGCCGAAGCGAUUGGACAGAUGGCACUUAUUUUGCCGCGAGAUAAAAUCGAAGAGCAAUCAACAAAAUUAAUAUCUGUUAUUGUGUCAUUAUACCGGAAACAUAGCCCAAAUGAUCACUUAUUAAUUACAGAGUGUCUCUGCAAUAUAUUAGCUGCUCAUUUGCAAGUUGGAUGUCAGAUAGCGGAUUCGUUAGCAGAUAAUGUUAUGGCAACAUUACAUAAUCAGGCAUGUGCAUUUGCUGAUUUUGGUAGCACUAGUUCUAUUAAAAAUCAUAAUGAAGUACUAAGGUGCUUUGCUGUCAUUGGUCCUAUUACUUCCAAUCGUUUAAUACAAUUUUUAUUGAACAAAUUGGAAAAUCCUAAUGAUAAGAUCAGAAUCGGAACGCUUAACAUCUUGAAACAUAUUAUUAAUGCAUCUGGUAUUCCACAAGAUAAAAUGGCACUAAUCAUUAGUGGUCUUAAAAUUUUGUUAAAUGAAACGAACAAUAAGGUUAAGCAGACACUUGCACAAGUGAUCAGUGCAAUGGCUCAUCAUGAAUAUUUACAUUUGGAGGGUGGUCAGCUUCUGGUUGAAUUCAUUGUUAGGCAGUGCGCGCUAACAGACAAUCUACAGAAGACUACUAAACCUGACUCUGAAGUUUCCAACGCCUCUCUACGAGUAAUGUGUGGAAAUGUUCUACAGUUAGUAACCACAACUGUGGCUCACAUGCAAAACGUUUUAUGGCCCACCCUAAUAGAAUUUAUUGUUCCAAUGAAGUAUAAUAAUGCUGCCGGUGUUAUUUGUCGUAGCGCGGCAUUUUUAGCUAACAAAAAACAAUCGGAGGAAUCAAGUGAUUAUUACCUUGAUUACGCAUGUCAAGUAAAUCUACCAAAGCCUGUCGCUUUAUUGGCUAGAUUAUUAGUUUUGGCUGGAUUACCAAAACGGUCGUGUGGUCAAGGAUUACACGUGCUAAAUUUUUUGCUUGCGAUGUCGAGCAAUAUUAACGAAGCCUUUGCAGAUAUGUGGGAUAGCGUACUCCCAAGAAUGAUUACAUACUUGGAAGAUUGUAUCACUUUAGAACAUUCAGCUGGAGAUGACUGGAAUCAGAAAGCUUGGGAAGAUCUUGUGUUGAAGUUACUAACAAAAUCUUUGGAGGAAGUGGAAGAUGAAAAUUGGACUUGUGAGUUAGGCUCAGAAAUGAGUUCACAAAUAGUCAUGUAUGAGAGUUUUCCUGAAGAAAAGGCUAGUAAAAAUUUUCUGUAUAAGUGUAUAGGAGUAAUUCUUCGUAAAACAACCAACAAAGCUUAUGUAGAGAAGCAGUUAAACAUUAUGUUUUCUAGUGUUAAUCAUACUAAUCAAACAGAAAGAGAGGGCUGUGCAAUGGGAAUGGGAUUUGCAUCGUAUGCCCACUUAGAUGCAGUUUUACAAAAGCUUGAAGAUGUGCCUAAACGUGAAAUGGAUAAGUCUGAAGCUGAUGUAGAAAGGAUAAAAAGUACUCUCAUACUUAGUUACGGUUACGUAACCUAUUAUUCUCCAGUAAAUCUGAUAACAUCAAGAAUUGAAGUAAAUAUACUUCGAGUGAUUAAUCCUCAGUUUGGAAAUGUAAAGGAUUCCACCGUAAAACAGAAUCUCAUUCGAUCAGUAGCAUUAAUUGGCCAUGCUUUACACAAAGAUCAUCUAAAAUUUAGUUUUACAUUUAAUAAAAGAGAUGAUCUUAUAACACAUAUGCUGGCAGAAGAACUGGCGGAAAAAACACUAAGGAGUUUUAACUUGAUGUUAUGCGAAAUUUUGGAAAACGGAAGUCCCUCAAAUGAUUUCUUUAUGCUUUAUAAAGUACAUAAGAAAAUCUAUAGUCCACACUUGGAGAAUUGGAUAUAUUCUAGUCACGAAAGGGAGAGGGACAGAUCCCUUCAAUCUUUGGCUGCAAUUCUUGAAUGGUAUUUGGAACAUGCAGAGUCGGAAAACAAAGAUGGUUCAUCUAAAAAAUUUGGAGCUGUCAUAGCACGCUUGGCCCCUCGCGUGGCCGACCCGCUUGCGUCUGUUAGAGAAUCCACUAUUACCUGUACACAACUGAUAUUCCGCAUCGAAAUGCAAUUUCAAGCAAUUGGCAACGAUGAAUUGGUUGAUGCAAUGGAUUUAUUAAUAGAGAGAUGUAGAAAGGAAGAAUCAACUGUCAUUACCUCGGUAGUAAAUGACUACGGCAAGAUAUUAGCUAAGAAGAUUCGUGAAGUUGAAUUAGUAGAAUUCAUCUAUUUGUUGUUGGAUGGUCUGGUAGAUUGUCAGUUACAGAGUGCAGUAGGUACUAGUGCGAUCAUUAAUGCUGUUCUUCGAUCCAGAGCUGGAGGCUUAAGAGAAGAGAAACUGCGUGAAAAACUAGAAGAAAUUGAUGAUGAUAAAUGUAUUAAAGGAGUUCGUAAAUCAUUCCGAGUUUUGGCAUCUUACCAUUUAUUACCAGUUUUAGAUGUUUUGCUCAACUUCAAGUUGCCUUAUGAUCGUUAUGUAGUUGGGCUUUGGAAGACCUUGGCUGAAGAAGAGGAGAUGUUAGGUAGCGUCUGUUCUCAUUUUAUGGAUUUACUCAAAAAAAGCUUUCCUUUUCAAGAGCAAGGGCGAAAGGAAAUAAUUAAAAUUGCCACUGAACAACCUAUUGCUAUUGCUUGCGGUUUUAAUGAGCUAUUCAAAGUGCCGACUGCUGUAUCCAUUGCAAAGCGGGACUAUCCCCAGUUAUUUUCAACUUUGUUACUGCGAAUUGGCACUUGCAUAAAAGUUCAACAAGUAAAAGAGAAAAGCUCUAAAGCACAUGGAGUUAGUCCCAUGCGGACAGCGAUAUCGGCUUUUCAAGGUUUUCUUACAUUAUCAGAAGAAUUUGAGGUUCUUGAUGAAAUUGACAAAGAGGACGGCUGGGAUAAAAUACGUCAUGAUAAAGCAUAUUCGGAUGCUAUUGUGGCUAUAACUAGUGCUUUAUGUAAAUCCAUAUUACUAAGACCACAUAUCGCCAAGGUAAUAGCAUACUUGAUGCCAGCAUUGAACGGACCUUAUGACAAUCAAAGGUUAAUUGUGGCAGCUUUUUUCGCUGAGAUUAUAAAUCAACGUUGUUUGGGAGAGCUUGGGCAGGCUGAUAUUAUUAUAAAUUGUUUACUAAGCCGGCUGGUAGAUGACAACUUAAAAGUUCGCAUGUUUUGUGUUCGCGGUUUGGGUAAUGUAGCCAGCGUUGGAAGGGAGCACUUCAAUGCAUACUCUACCACUGUUCUUUCCGCGUUGAUGUCUGGUAUUGACGAAAAAGACGACUCUGACUGCGAUAUAACUCUCGAAGCUAUGUCUGGACUUAGUAGAAUAAUUGCUGAACUUGAUGAAACUCAUGUUAGAUCGAUACUAAUUAAUAUCUCAUUAAAGAUUCGGCCAUGUUUUGAGAAGAGCGAAGAAAAAGUCAGAGCGAGAGCAUUUACGCUAUUUGGCCAUUUGUCGAAAUUUGGUGAUGGUCCUUCAAAAGUACCGUUUCUGGAACAAAUUCAAGCCAAUAUGGUGUCAUUAUUGUUACAUCUAAAUGAGAAUGAAGCUAGUGUGGUCAAGGCGUGUAAAUUUACAUUAAGAAGUAUUGGACCACUGCUUAACAAUUCUGAGAUUGACUAUAUGUUUCAGAAGUAUCUAUUAGAUGACGCAACUUUGUAUUAUGGAGAAUUUUUAAAUAAUUUGACACGUUUACUGAUCUCGGAAUACAAAGAAAAAACAAGCCUUUACGUAACUGGAGCAACCAGAUUUUUUAAAAGUGAAUGGGAAGAGAUAAGAGCUAAUGCAGCCACUUUGAUUGGUUAUUAUUUGGGUAACUUACCUAAUGAACUUCGUGAGACUAUCUCUAAGGAACAUGUUUGCAACGCUUUGAAAAUGCUUCUUAAAGAUACUUCCCCUAUGGUAAGAUCUGGAUGUGCUACGGCGACAAGUUUAUUGUAUGAAUAUUAA